UCUUCAAAAAUUAGGAGCAAGAGCAUGCCUCCUUUUUGAGAGUAAGACCAAGUCUCUUCUUUCAUGUCUACUUCUCGAGUAGAUCUUUUUGAGAAUAAUCUUCAAAGAAUCCCUUGUUUUUGAACGAAUCAUCGAACACCAAAGACUAUCCCACAAUAAAACUCAAUGAAAUUUGAAAUUGAGUGAGUCUACGUUGUUUAUAUGGAUCUGCAUGCCCCCAGGAGGUUUAUUACCAGGCUCCACCGACUUUCUACAGUGUUCUCCAAGAUAUUCCCAUCCAGAAAGAUGCGAAUUACCAAGUUCUUCUCCAUGUUGGUACUCCUCUCCCUUCUUCUUACUCUAUCCGUGAUUAUCCGACACCAGCCGUCUGAUUGGAUCACGGGAUUCGCCCAAGCUAGGCAUCUCGAAGGCAGAACACCUCAACUGAAUCUCACCAAAGCCAGCUCUGACGAUUCAUUAGAUCCUCGGGCCCUUACUAAAGACAAACUACUCGGUGGCCUUCUUGUUGCUGGGUUUGAUGAAGAUUCUUGCCUCAGCAGAUACCAGUCUGCUUUAUAUCGCAAAACUGCACCCCAUAAGCCUUCUUCAUAUCUCCUUUCCAAACUUGGAAACUAUGAGAAGCUUCAUAAACGCUGUGGACCCAACACGAAAUCCUAUAAAAAAUCCCUUAAACAACUCAAUUCUGACCAUACUGUUGGAUCCACAGACUGCAAAUAUAUUGUUUGGGUAUCUUUUAGUGGACUGGGAAACAGGAUACUGACUCUGGCUUCUGCAUUUCUGUAUGCUCUCCUGACCGACAGAGUUUUACUUGUCGAUGGAGGAAAGGACAAUGCUGAUCUCUUCUGUGAGCCAUUUCCUGGUACAUCAUGGUUACUGCCCUUGGAUUUUCCUAUUAUCAAUAACUUCAGCCAGCUUGAUCAGCAUUCAGCCCAUUGUUAUGGAAAUAUGCUGAAGAACAAUGUAAUAAAUGCUUCAAGUGAAUCUAUACCGUCUUAUCUAUAUCUCCAUCUGGCUCAUGAUUAUGGUGAUCAUGAUAAGAUGUUCUUCUGUGAUGAAGACCAAGCUUUUCUUGGGAGAGUCCCUUGGUUGGUUAUGAAAACAAAUAACUAUUUUGUCCCGUCUCUCUUCUUGAUUCCGGGAUUUGAGAAUGAAUUGAGCAGAUUAUUUCCUGAGAAAGAAACUGUUUUUCACCACUUGGGUCGGUAUCUUUUUCACCCCUCAAAUCAUGUGUGGGGCCUAAUAACCAGAUAUUACCAAUCUUAUCUAGCCCAGGCAGAUGAAAGAAUUGGCAUUCAAAUAAGAGUUUUUGAUGACGGAUCUGGUCCUUUCUAGUAUGUGAUAGAUCAAAUUUUAGCCUGCACUCAAAGGGAAAAAUUGCUACCUGAAGUAGAUAUGCAAGGACAUGAUCAUGUCACUCCAUCGGAGAACCCUAAACUGAAAGCUGUUCUGUUAACAUCAUUGAUUUCAGGAUACUAUGAGAACCUGAGGAACUUGUACUGGGAAAACCCAACUGUGACUGGGGAAGUGAUUGGGUUUUACCAGCCGAGUAAUGAAGAAUAUCAGCAAACAGCGAAGCAGCUGCAUAACAAUAAGGCUUGGGCGGAAAUGUAUCUCCUGAGUUUAACUGAUGUCUUGGUAACGAGCUCGUGGUCUACAUUUGGAUAUGUGGCUCAAGGUCUUGGUGGUUUGAGGGCAUGGAUCCUUUACAAGCCUGAAAAUCACACAACUCCUGAUCCCCCUUGUCGAAGGGCAAUGUCAAUAGAACCUUGUUUUCAUGCUCCUCCAUUUUAUGACUGUAAAACAAAGAGUGGAAUUGAUACAGGUAAUAUUGUCCCUCAUGUCAGACAUUGCGAGGAUAUGAGCUGGGGCCUUAAGGUAGUUGAUGAUCACGACGAGUUAUAAGUGGUCCUCCAAUUCACAUAAUUGGUACUAUUUGAAUUAAUUGAUUAUUAGACGGUCUGAUAGGCUGCUUCCACGUUUUCUGCAUUGUCCUUCAGAAAUCUUGUACAAGCAGGAGCAGUACCAGAGUGGGUAAUAGUUUUGAUGAAUCACCCACAUUAUUCUUGUUAUAUGUAAUAUACGGAGUUUAAAAGAAUGGCGGUUCAUCUACUAUUCAUGUAAAUAUCUUCGUAGCUGGGUUCGUACUGUGUAAAAACUGAAGGCAGAGAAAAUCAAAGAAGAAAACAUAUGCAAAUGGAGCUCCUUUCUUAUCCUGAUGAGUAAAAAUUUUAGUUACAAAAGACCUGCUACAAGCAUUAGGUAGAAGUAGAGCCAUAAAAGAGUCCAAAACUAUUUCAAGAAUAGACACAACAACCCCAGAAUCUAGGCUAGAAGCUUUUGCCCCUAACUCCUGGUAGGAUCGUUUCUGACCCUUUUGGUAAAAUCUUUGUACUUCCAUGGAACAUCCUGCAUAAAGUAGAGAAUGUAUCUAAAUCUCUCUCUCUGUAAACCUGAAUUUUCUUUUUUAUUAUUUUACAAGAUUAAAGCUCAUGAGGAUGAA